ACAACGUUCUUGAGAGGUUUUGUGCGAGAAGCUUUAUAAUUAUAGAGGAAAAUUAUUUGAGAUGUAUGGAGGAAAUAUUCAAAGCCGUAAAACUUGUAUUUAAAAACAAAAACAUCCUUGAAAUGACGAGACCGGUUUUGUUUAGUGUGAUGAUGCUACUGAUGGCUCACUUGGGAAUUCCAUUUGAUCCUACUUGAAUAGUAAAACUUAUUAAUAAGCUACGUGAUUUUAUGUUCAAAAGUGCAAUAAACAAGUGUUUUAAUAAACGUUCGAAGUUAUGGGCGAUGCCAUUGAUGCCUCGGCGGUACCUUUAUCGUCGUUUAGCUACGAGUUUAGGACAUUGGUGUCGGAUUUGUUGAAUACUAGACGUGUAAUAACGACUGAUGGUCCCAAUAAUCUUCCCAGAGAUUGGAGAGGUUUAGCAUACUUGUUGCAAAUAUCCUCAGAGGUGGCACGCAGCAUAGGGGAGAGCCCAGACAAGGCUGGCAGACUCUUGGAUAUUUGGGUGAAGAGGGGCGACGGUACCGCCACGCUGCAGACUCUCUUCGACUACUUGACACGGCUAGACAGAUUUGAUUUAUACGACGAUAUUAUCGAACUUGCGAAUCUUGGCCAACUUAUUGCACCCACAGUUUAUCAAAAUGAAUUUGGAAAUGAGAAUGGAAUUCUAGAAGACAGAGUUAACGGGAACAAUAACAAGAUCAUCACAUACGAUGACAGAAGGGACGGCGUUUCUCAUUACUACCAUGCGUAUGUGCUUUUCGCCCACGAGGACUGGGAGUUUGUUCGAGAGAUUCUAUCUCGGAUGAAAGCAUUGGGAUUUAAGCUAUGCACCGAGUAUGACUUGGACGUCGAGCCCGGUUCGCUCAAGCGGUACGGGCCGAUCGCUCAGUUCAUCACGGAGCGCUGCCAUCGCAUCAUCCUGGUCUACUCGCCCGACUUCCUCGUCAGUGCUGAUAGUUUCUUUUACGCGUACUACGCGCAGGGCAACGGCAUUGGCAUUGAGUGGAACGUGAGGCGCAAUAUAAUCCCGGUGAUCUACCGCAAGUGCCAACCGCCGUCCUCCCACCACUUGGCCAACUACCACCAACUGGUCUACGAGGAAGACGAGUGGGUGCCCUACGACUUCUGGGACCAGCUUGCCCAGACCCUUGGCAAGAUUAAAUUUUCUGAAACAAAUGAAAAUAAUGAAAUUUCUUCAAGUUAUUCCUUGCCAAUCAUCUCCGAAAUAGCCGACGAUGAUGCCGAUUUUCUCAACUCAAGAAAUAUAUUUAAUGGCUACUCAGUGUCCAACGCACUGCAUGUGGAACAGCUCAAUGACUCAGAAUCCUCUAGUUCGGACAGUCAGACAAGUUCCCAAACUCAAGGGAAGAAGCGGACAACAACAGUGACGAAAAUGAUGAAAUUCUUCACAGGCAAAAAGAAUACUGAUUGAAUACUACAUAACUUUGCUGUUUGA